AUGAUACAGCUACUUAACUCAAGGGCUCCAUCGCCGACCAAGCGAAAGGAAGAGGAGAAAACUAAAGACCGAGCCAAGGAAAAAUCCGCUAAGGAUGGCGAAAAAGACCGAGGGCGGGAGAAAGCCAGGAAACGCCGCAGCGCGUCCACUGGAAGCAGCAGCAGCAGGUCCCGAUCGAGCUCCUCUUCCAGCAGCAGCUCCGGUUCCAGCUCGGGCUCGUCCAGCGGCUCCAGUUCCUCCGGAAGCAGCCACUCGGGUUCCUCCAGCUCCAGAUCGUCGUCCUCCUCCAGCUCCUCGGGCUCGCCCAGCCCCAGCCGUCGGCGCCACGACAACCGCCGACGCUCACGCUCGGCGUCCAAAACGCAGAAGAGGGGAGAUGAUAAGGAUAAGGAUAAAGAGAGGAGGAAGCGAACACCCAGCCCCAAACCAACCAAGGUUCACUUAGGGAGACUGACCAGAAAUGUCACCAAGGAUCACAUCCAAGAGAUUUUUGCCACAUACGGCAAAAUCAAGUCGGUGGAGAUGCCAAUGGAGCGGCAGGUGCCGCACAUGUCCAAGUGCUUCGCCUACGUGGAGUACGAGAGCCCCGAGGAGGCCCAGAAGGCCCUUAAAUACAUGGAUGGAGGUCAGAUUGACGGACAGGAGAUCACGGCAUCCGCCGUGCUGCCCCAGAGGGUGCGUCCUCCUCCUCGUCGCCUGUCACCCCCUCGCCGAAUGCCCCCUCCGCCGCCUAUGUGGCGACGCAGUCCGCCGCGCAUGAGGAGAAGGUCCCGCUCCCCAAGGAGACGUUCCCCAGUACGCCGUCGUUCCCGUUCAAGAUCUACCGGUCGCAGACGUCACCGUUCUCGGUCCAGUUCCAACUCGUCCAGAUAA